ACUUAUUUUCAUUCAUCGUGCGCUGCUCGUGCAGUGAGGACGUUGUUAGCUCUAUCUUUAGUAAAAGUGCUAGUAUUCAAAUCAAGUGAAGUUUUUGGUUCUCUUUAAUCUUUCGAGAGAUUAAUACGAGAGUGUGCACACUUGAAAACUUUUAAGUCAUAUCACGCAUUUCAAUAUAGUUUUUGGAUCUGCAUAAAUGGCAACUGCAACGCAUCGAUCAAUUUCAUUCGUGUUCCUAACACUAAUUGGUCUGGGUCUGAGGGGAUCAAGCAUCGUCGAAGCAUCGUUAGUCACUAAUGAUGAAUUAAUGGGCAACCUCAAAUCCUUGAUCUAUUCGUACAACCAGCUGGAUAACAAGCUGGAGAGGCACGAGCAUCGCGAGCGUGCUGUGGCUGAGCUGAUGAAGAAGGCAAUGCAAUCGUUGCAGAAGGGCCAAAAGAGCUUGGAGCCCAUAAAUGGCAUCUUUGGAAGACUCGAUGAGCGUGUUAGCCAAAUUGAGACAAUGCUGAUCACACAAGAGGAAAAGUACAAUGCGCAGUCGGACAAAUUAACUCAGGCCAUGGAUCACAUGUUCAAAUGGAUGCGUGAGAAUGACGAGUGCUUCAAGAGACCUCCAGUUGCUCCUAUAGUCGCCGCGGCUCCGGCUGCACCCGCUCUGCCCAACGCAUUUGUCCAGGAGCAACAGCAGAUCAAUAAGCAACUGCUGACGGAGCUAAAGAAGUUGUCAGGUACUUUGACGGAUCUUUUGCAGAGCAGCAAAGAGGCAGCCAAGCAGACAGAACAGGGUUUCAGUCAUAUGCCAAAGACGGAUGAGUUGAUCAAUCAAAUUGAGGCAAAGCUUGAAAAGCACAGCGCCGUUGCAGUUACUACUAUUGCUCCUCCCAAGGAUAAUGAGUUCGAGCAGCAGCUCCUGGAACGUCUGGGCGCGCUGAGCACAGAUGUGGCACAACUGCGCAAUGCUCCAACGACGCCUGCCCCAAUGCCAAUGGGUCUCAAUGAAAAGGACAAGGAAUACAUACAGGAACUCAACAAUGAGACUCUCAAUGCGCUGGCGGCACUCAAGACUGAUUCUCUCGCAGCUCAGCAAACAGCCUUGCGCCAGGCCACGGAGCAUCUGCAGCAGACGGAGGCGAAUAUUCAAGGCGAUCUCAAGCAAUUGUCCACAGAUGUCAGCUUGCUUCAACAGUUCAACAAGGAGAUCAAUGCCAGCCAUAGCAAACUAAAUGAUGGCUUUGAUGCAUUGGGCAAAUUUAAUAAUAUUAUGAUGACCAACUCGGAGGUGGUGUUGGACACGCAACGCAAGGUGGACUUUGCCACUCUGCAGAUUGCGCAAAAGGUGAACCUGUUUGUGGAGCAGCAAUUGGCCGAGUUGACGAGCAUAGUGAAGGCGCGUUUCAAUGAGCUGGACGCAAGUGUGGUCAACACACAGCAGGAGGCGAGUCGCAAUAUCAGCGGACAACUGGAUACGGCUUUGACCCAGGUAUGGCAUCGCAUUGAGAUCAUGACCAGCGAGUUGGGACAGAGCAGGGAACUCCUUGUUCUUAUGCAAUCUGGCCAUGAUGGCUAUGUGAAUAGCACUUUUAGCACCAUGAUGGGAUUAAGCAGCAAAGUUGAGGAGACAAAGAAGCAUAUGAUUGACAUGGAUGACAAUUUGAAUUUCUUGCUGGGCAAGUUGUCGCUGAUGUCCAGUGAGUUUGCCAAUAUCAAACAGGGUUUGGCCGAUUCACUAAUGGAUUUGCGUAACUCGUUCCAAAUGAUACACGAACGCAUGCCGAGCAGCUCAGGACCGCAUAACAUCGAAAAGAAUCAGUAUCUGACCGAUGUGAAUCUAUUGUCCAAGCGACAUGUCCAGCCGGAGCGGGCAUAGAACACAGAUGACCACAAUCAUCGUCAUCGGCCGGCAACAUACAUAAAAUAAACCUAACACUAGCCACUAAGCGAACGAACUUACAGUUUAAAUAUAAUACAAUAUUUAUGCUUCACUCAAUUUGAAAUCUCGGCAAAUACAUUUCUUUUAUGAACAACAAAAACACU